AUGCUGGCGAUGGCCUCCUCUCUGGCGGCCGACUACGACGACACCAGCUUCAUCUUUGACGACGCUGACGGCGAGGAGAGCCAUGCCGAUCAUCCAGUGGUGGCAUGCGCUGUCGACGAGGCUGCCGGUGUCUGCUUGAUACCGUCCGUGCACGCGCGCGGCCUCGUCACGACAGCUCCAAGCGUCGCCUCGAUUCUGACGCAUGCCCACGCCUACGCGGGCGACGUGGACACCAAGCGCUUUGCUGGCGAAACCCUUGGCUACGUCACGCCGUGGAACAGCCAUGGCUACGACACGGCCAAGACCUUUCGCCGCAAGUUUACCUACAUUGCGCCCGUGUGGUACCAGAUCCGCCACGACGCCUCGCGAGCGCCCGUGCUCACCGGUGGCCACGAUGUCGAUGCAGACUGGAUCGCCGCUGUCCGUGGUCGCGACGGUCUCGGCCCCAGCAUUGUGCCGCGCUUCAUGUUUGAGAUGCCGUCGCUCAGCGCAGCCGAGGCGUCGCAGGUCCUCUCGCUGUUAUUGCACGAGGUGCAGACACAAGGCUUUGACGGCCUCACGCUCGAGGUAUCGCCGUCGACAAAAAGGACGGUAUUGACCACCAACAGAUCCCCAUCGUCGACGUCACGGUGCCCUUCAUCAAGGCGCUCGGCAAAGCGCUUGCAAAGGCCAAGCGCCUGCUAUUGCUGGUCUUGCCUACAAGCCAGCGCAACCAUCCUUCCGCACGUGCAUCGCUUCUCAGUCAACGCGUACGACUACUCGUCCAUGGGUCCGAACGCGCCGCUGCCAUGGCUGCAAGCGACGCUGCAGCAGCUCGAAACGUCGCCUAAAUUUCUCAUGGGCCUAGCGUUUUACGGCUACGACACCAACGCUGCGCUAGAGGCCGUGAUUGGGUCGACGUUCUUGACGCUGUUGAAAGCCCAUACCCCCGAUGUACAGUGGGAUGCCGUUGCGCAUGAAUGCAAGUUUAUCUACGCCGACGGCCGACGCCACGUGUAUUACCCGUGUUUGCAGUCCAUCCAAGACCGGCUCGCGCUCUACGCAGAGACACAGGUUGGCGCCGCGAUCUGGGAGAUUGGCCAAGGGCUCGACUAUUUUUUUGAUCUGCUUUGAGACGCAACGGUCGGCGACCGAGAAUAGCAACCGAUGCCUUUCUUCUCAAGAUAGCUCGAUGUCCUU